CGAAUCCGCCGCAACUUGCAACAUGCACCCUUUGUUGGUAAGUCGUAACUUGACGCGUCCGUGACUCGACGAUUCCUAAUGACGUGUCAAAGAGAAAUCAUGUGCAAGCCCUGUGGCGUGAUUUACUUCCGAUCGAUCUGGAUCGGGGGAAGCCGGAUGUAAUUUGACGGGGAGUGUGGGGGGUGGUCUUACGAAUACUCAACAUGGACGUUUACAUUUUGCGACACUUUCACAUUAUUGUCGCCAACCUCUUGCUCCUCUACUGCAUCUGAUCCUGAUACUCGAAGCUCUCGAACUGCCCCUAUCAUGACAUCCUUUGUCCUCCGAUCGGUACAAGACCGCCCCUCCUCAUACCCCGCUCGGGACGAGAACUGCACAUUUUGCCGGAUCGUCGCCGAAAAGAGCGGAGCGUACGUCGUUUACGAGGACGAGGAUUGUAUGGCCUUUCUAGACAUCUAUCCGAUGAGACCCGGGCAUACGCUCCUCAUACCCAAAACUCACGUGGUGCGGCUCGCCGACUUGGAUCCAACGAGCGCAGGCAAGAUGGGAAUGGCUUUACCCAAGGUGGUGAACGCCGUAUGCGAGGCGACAGGGAAUCCCGAUCUGAACGUCGUCUGUAAUCAGGGAUACGCGCAGGCGGUACACCAUGUUCACUGGCACCUCAUCCCAGCACCCACGUUCAGCUCGAUCCCCAAACCCGACCCGAAACCACGAACAUCCAAUACCACAUCCAGCUCGGAUCCCGUAGGCGAACUCCCCGUGAACAAACUAUCGGUGUCCUCGCCAUCACGGAAAAAGAAGAACAACAACAAGUCGUAUGAACACAAACCCGCCGGAUCUUCCCCGCCGAGUCAUCAAUACAUGUUGAGGGGCGAGAUGGCUUAUCGCGAUUUCCUGGACGAUGACGAGGCGGAGGGCUUGGUCAGGGAGAUCAAGAGUCGGCUGUGAGCCCGUGCAACAGGUGGAAUUGUAUAAAGUUUGGUCCUUCGAAUCAAGAUUGAUCAAAAGUCCGCGGUGUUUUGUAUAAUGAAAAGUUGGUAAAGUCGGGAAUGUAAUUUGGAUACAUAAUAGCAAAUGGACAGCGACGCAC